UUUAAUUAAUUAAUUUCGAAACUCAUUACGCAAUUUCAUCAAAACGAAUUCAUCAACAACUAAUAAGCGUCGAUAUUAACUAACAACUUAAUCAAUCCCGGCUGAAAAACCUACAAUAUCCGAAAUUAGAAGAAUCGGCGAAAACUGGAUAAACUUCUUAAGCCGUCCAAAUGCCAAAAAACUUUCCUCCGCGACUGCACAAAAAAUUACGUUUUCGAGAUAGUGCAGAUAAUGUUAUGAAAGAACAUCUCCUGGCAUAAGUUGGAUUUGCCAAGCUGGUCCCACUGUCAACAUCAAUUUCGUCACAAUACUGAUGCGUAUUUUUCGCAAAUGGCAAAUACUUUGAGUACCUACGAGGAUAAGGGUUUUAUCGCUCACACAUCACCUGAACAAAAUAUCGUUGCUUAAAUCACUUCUUCUGGUUCAAUAGGAUUAAAAUAUGAAUUCCGUUACAAAGAGUAAAUAUGUCCACACCACGUAAGCUCACCUAAAAAUAAAACAAUAAAGCUUAAUCUGAAUUUUACGUCGCGAGGUAGAAGUAAUAAAUUUAAAUUCGGCGCCAAAACUGACAAGCGCUUGCGUUGUCCACCAUUAACCCUGUGAAGAACGCCGUAUAACCAACCUGUAUAACGCCGAUUUCUCGUAUCAUCGAAGUUAAUUAGCAAUUAUUUGCAAAAUGGGAUUAGCUUUCAGUCUAAUUCGCGGAUAUAUAGCUGCGUAUCGCAACGGCACCUCCGUUGCAAAACGUGACCAAGGAUCUGGCACCCUUGUUGAGUCGGAGCUUGGAAACAUUUUGAAGACGGCAGCUGUAUUUUUCUGCAUAAGGCUCCUGCUGAGAUGUAUCAUCUUUCUAGGCUGGGGCCCGCUUGUUCUGAGGAACCGACCCGAGGGCGAACCCGCGGACCGUAGAGGCCGCCGCCGGGCUUUGGAAGAGCCACCGCCAACCCCCCAUCGGGAGAGAAGGGGCGAGGGAGACUCCCCCUCUUUCACGCCGCGGCUCGACCCGAUUAAAGAAGAAGACGAGGGUCUGGCCAGCGACGAAGGCGAUGGGGGUCGGAGAGCCCCCUCUUCGGGAGUACGCCGUAGAUUACGGAAGAGAAGACGCUAAAAGCGAAUUCAAUUGAAAUGUUUAAAUUAAAUAAUUAAAUCAACAAUAUAGUUCAGUACUUAUGUGUUAUCAGUUGAUAACUUUGUAAAAGUUGAUAAUUAAAUUCAAAAUGUA